AUGUUUGUGUCAAUGUGUGGAGCAGACAGCAGCGCUUGUAUGCAGCCUCUGGCCGGCGCCGCUCACUUUCUCCCAGGGUUGAGAGUGGUGACCCAGGCGCUGAAGGAGGAAGAGGAGGAGGAGGAAGAGCGUCUCAGGGGGCUGCAGCGGAGGGCCAGCCUGCUCAGAGACCUGGGCAUCGUAGACCAGGUGUACCAGCCCCUCAAGGGAACGCCCACCUAUAAAGACAUCACAGUGCCACCUGUUGUAAAGACUGACUCACGGCAAUACUUAAGCAACAUGGCAGCCAAGAUGGAGUCAUUAGGUGACCGCUGCAGUGCGACCAAAGUUAAGGAGCCUUCAGGAUUGUCUGAGUGUCACCCUCCCAGUACUGUUCUGUCUCAGCCCUACGGGCCCUGGCGAGACCAAGACUGGCACCCCCAGGGGCUGGGCCACAGUGUCUCCACCAUGCCUCUCCAGGGCAUGUGCCCAAAGUGGGAGUCAAGUGCACCCAUUCAGAGUGAACGACGUUUCCUCUUACCCAGUAAUGCCUCUCUGGGUAAGCUGGGUAACCACAACAGCAGCAGCUCUAACGGGCCCUUUGCUGAAAUGCACGUGCAGGGCCCGGCCCCCCAUCACCCUGAGGCCUCCCCACCCCAGGCUGCCCCUCCCUCAGCAGCUGUCUUAGUCUUCGGCCGUGACCUAAUGUGGACGAAGCGCAAGGCUCUCACCCCAGCAGCCCACUUCCGGCUGCCACAGCUCUCCAGCGGAAACUUUGUGGUGUCGUACUGA